UUGGUCCAAACUUUGAUGUACUCGAUGCCAACCGGCCUUGGUUAUGCUAUUGGAUUCUUCACUCGAUUGCUUUAUUAGGAGAACAUGUUGACUCAGAAUUGGAGAAUAAUGUAGUGGACUUUCUUUCCCGUUGCCAGGACAAAGAUGGUGGAUAUGGAGGUGGACCUGGGCAGAUGCCUCACCUAGCAACAACAUAUGCUGCUGUAAACACAUUAGUUACUUUGGGAAGUGAGAGGGCAUUCUCAUCAAUAGACAGAGGAAAAAUGUACGAGUUUUUAUUGCGGAUGAAAGACGCAUCAGGGGCUUUCAGAAUGCAUGAUGGUGGUGAAAUUGAUGUCCGAGCUUGCUACACUGCUGUUUCUGUGGCAAGCAUGCUGAAUAUUCUGGAUUCUGUGCUUAUUAAAGAUGUUGGAAAUUUCAUUUGGAGGUUUAGGUGGCCACUUAUGUUGAUGUGGCUGACUUGGAAUGGUGAGAGGAGGCCUUGUGAAAUGGCAUCAUGGCAAGCCAACCAUGAUGGCAUUUUUUUUACAAAAAGCAAAAUUUCCGAAGUUUUUUUAAUGCUACAUGGGUGGUUACAUGGCAUAAGUUAUCAUCUGAGCAUGGUAUGUCGGCACCCACAUGGAUUAUCAAUGUUCAGAUAUGCGAAAAACCCAGAUAAAUGAUUCUCGUAUUUGAAAUUAU